UCGGCCCCGCCCCGCACCCUCUUGUUCAGUUUGUGGAAUCCUCCGCUGCCACCAUGGUGCAGGCCUGGUACAUGGACGAGUCCACGACCGACCCACGGAUGCCCCACCGCGCACAGCCUGACCACCCGGUGAGCCUAGAGCAGCUGCGCACGCUCGGAGUGCUCUAUUGGAAGCUGGAUGCCGACAAGUAUGAGAAUGAUCCAGAACUAGAAAAGAUCCGGAGAGAGAGAAACUACUCCUGGAUGGACAUCAUCACCAUAUGCAAAGAUGCACUCCCCAACUAUGAGGAGAAGAUCAAGAUGUUCUUUGAGGAGCAUCUGCAUCUGGAUGAGGAGAUCCGCUACAUCCUGGAGGGCAGUGGGUACUUCGAUGUCAGGGACAAGGAGGACAAGUGGAUCCGGAUUUCCAUGGAGAAGGGGGACAUGAUCACACUUCCUGCCGGCAUCUAUCACCGCUUCACGCUGGACGAGAAGAAUUACGUGAAGGCCAUGCGGCUGUUUGUUGGAGAGCCUGUGUGGACACCAUACAACCGGCCUGCUGACCAUUUUGAUGCCCGGGCACAGUACGUGAGGUUUUUAGAAGGAACAGCAUAACGGUGCUCCCUGAAGAGAGUAGACUGCACUGUGCUCAUCUCCUGCUGCUUUAACUGACUAGAAAGUUGCUCACCUCUCUGAUUUUUAUAUGUGCACUUGAGACUAGACUAGCUCUCUUUGGCAAGAUUGUCAGAUCGGAGUCUUUUAAAUGAAAAUAUCUAUAAAAGUGAUUUUUGCAUGGAAGCCACAAAAAUGUGAACGAGUGACCUUAAUUUUCCCUAACUGUCAAGACUUAGAGUUGUGGGAGCCUUGGGUUGGUAUGUACAUUCAUACACAGCCAAUCUUCAUCUCCCAGAAAAUCCUUCUGUAGGUGUCUGGUAGGGUUCGAAGCAAUGCCCUCUGGGAGGGGCAGUUAUACCCAGCCUAAUUAACUAGAUGGAAGAUGGUUUUCUCCCUUGCUGAUUUUUAGGUGGGGAGGUGGGGUUGUUUGUUCCUGUUAUUUCAAACUAAAGUAGUUACCUUAAUUGUAUGUUCAUGGCUAAGCUGUAUUACACUCAUGUGUACAUACGGUAUUUUACUUGGUUCAUCAAAGCCUCACAUUUAGAUUCCUUACAUGAUUUUAUAUGUACAUAGUUAAUUUCUACAUCUGGGUAGAUAUUAUUCAGUGUGAUUUUGGGUUCUUUUAUAAUCAAGAAUAUAUAAUUUUUCUACACAAGACGUAGAACUCUAACUCAGCAAAUGCAAGGUCCUAGGCGGGAGCCCCAGCAGCACAAAUAAAGAAUCAUAAUCCUGAAAUAUGUUUAUGUGUAGUGUGU